AUGUCUGCAACGCUAGCAGACCCGUAUCGAGGCUUCAUGGUUAAUUACACCCAUCAUGGCAGUGGUAAAGAUGCGAACCAUGAGGAUAUAAUUUCCUAUGGCGCAGCUCAGUUGCUCAUCCAAGAUAGGCCCACUGAUAUUCGCUACCACUCCGAUACAACACAGCCUCCUUUUGCAUCUCCCUCAACUUUUAUCACAGAUCGUUUGCUGCCACGCCAGAUGGCUCCGCAUUAUGAUACACACAAUUAUGGACUCGCCCCCCUUCAGGAUAGGAGAAAGCGACAGCGAACGAACAGUGAUCUAGAAGUCAAUCGAGACACCAAUCAGAGUUAUGGGCAUCGACCUAUCUUGCAUGGUCUGUCCAUAGACUCGUCGGCUCCAUCAGGCGAAUCAACCGACCUAAUAUACCCAGUGCAUGUCGACCCUUCUUCUUCCCACCAGACCCCAAACCCGGAUUACAUCCGCCAGGGUGCUCUGCUGCAACAGCAUCAUCACCAUAGAAUGCCAUCACAGGCAUUGGUGGCUAUGAGCUCUGGUAACGACGGUCAUGAAGCUACAGAACCACCUCAGUCGCAGAUGGACCUCAGCUUCAUGAGCUUACCAGGUGUACCAAGGCCAUGGCCUGCACCAAAAAUAGCAAAGACCAGGUUCGGCCACAAGGAAGAUGACAUGUUGAUAGAGCUGAAGGAGCGAUGGAAUUUUUCCUGGAAGCAGAUCGAAUGCUUCUUUCCAGGAAGGAAGCAACAAACAUUGCAGGUCCGGUAUUGUACCAAGUUAAAGGAACGGACUGUGGUCUGGGAUAAUGACAAGGAUCGCAAAUUGAAAAAGGCGCUGGAGGACUAUGAAAAUGACAAAUGGGCCCAUGUUGCCCGGAAGCUUGGGCCUGGUGUACCAGCGGCGGCAUGUAAGCUGAGAGCGGCCGAGCUUGAAUCAGAGCUGGAACUGGAAUAA